AUGGAAGAUACUACAAAAGUUAUUCAGGAGAUAGCACAAGAAUUGAAAUCCGAACAAGAAUCAUUACCAAAAAAACGUAGACGUGCAACUACAACUUCGGAAAAACUAUCAAAAGAAAUAAAGCCCAUGUCUAUUCGUAAAAGAUCAAGUUCACGAUCGUCUACCUCUGGUAGUAAAACAACUUCAGGUGAACCUUGGAAUGCGCAAGAAGAUAAAAUUUUAAUUGAGAAUAUGUUAAGGUUAAUUCCUUCAGUUCCUUGGGCAGAAUUUGCGAAAAAAUUUCCAAAUAGAAAUGUUAAAAGUUUACAAAAUCGAUGGCAAUAUUUGAAAAAAAGGUUACAUGGAUAA